AAUGCUGGAAGAAAAAGAGGAGCCAGGCUUCCUCACUGGCCUAAAGAUUCCCGCCCCCUGGGCUGCUGGGAAAACCGUGGAAACAGUACACCCUGUCAGAGACAACUACAAGUUUAAAGAAACUGUCCAUAUCCCAGGAGCUCGCUGCCUGUAUCUGAGAUUUGAUAGCAGAUGCUCUUCACAAUAUGACUAUGACAAAUUGGUGAUAUAUGCGGGGCCUAACACAAACAGUAGGAAGGUUGCUGAAUAUGGAGGCAAUACUCUGGGAUAUGGCAGCCGUAGUGUCUUAGGAACUGGUUGGCCGAAGGACUUGGUGAAGGUGGAAGGAGAUACAGUCACCUUCUCCUUUGAAAUGAGAAGUGGCCGUGAACACAACACUCCUGAUAAAGCUAUGUGGGGCUUUGCGUGCACAGUUCGCGCUCAGGAGUCCUCGGAGGACGUCUCAGGAGGCCUGCCCUUUCUGGUGGACCUGGCUUUAGGUCUGUCUGUGUUAGCUUGUUCCAUGUUAAGAAUCCUGUACAAUGGACCAGAAAUUACCAAAGAAGAGGAAGCCUGUCAGGAGCUUUUGCGGUCCAAACUUUUACAAAGGUGCCAGUGGCAGGUGGAGGCCAAUGGCGUCAUCUCGCCUGCCCUCACCCCAAGCCCCUCUCCACUGCCUCUGACCAUAGAGGAAGACCGAGAGUUCACCUACCCCUCAGAUGUCCUCGUGCCUCCUGUUGGGAACUACUUUGACCUGCCCCGGAUCCGGCUGCCUCCAGGAAUCAUGAUAAAGCUCAGGGAAAUUUCUGGGCGAGCUAGACCUCAAUUUAGACCAAGUAUAAAGGAAGUGAUUCAGCCAGAUGUGAUGGAGGAAAUGGUGGUAUCAUGUGUUAUUAAGCACUUGAACUUGGUCGAUGCACUGCAAUCCCUAAUAAAUUUCCAAUAUCAAGAAGAACAUGCUGAGGAAUAUGACUUACUAUGUAAAAUUAUGGGAGAGACCUUUAAGAAACUCAAUGCCAUGGAGAGACAGCUGCAGAGUGUUGCAGAACUGGAACAGAAGUGGCAAAGUGAGGUUGAUGAUGCCAUGCAGGGGAAACUGGAGAACAACAUGCCUUUCUUUUAUGAUUACCAUUUUAAUGAGAACAAAAUGAAAGAACUAGAACUUUUGUGUUCAAUGAAGGAAGUCUCCUUUGAUGGAAAUGAUCUUGAAAACAUGGUCCUAUCACUGAGGGAGAAGUUCCUACAAGAAGUGAAUUCUCUUAUUCAGAAGCCCUCUCAUCCACUGGCUAAAACGAAGACAUUAGUGAAGAGUCUAAUGAACCGCGCUGAGCUGCUGCUGCAUGUCACCAUUGCGGCCCAGUCUGGCCUCACCAGGAGCAUCUCGGGAACCCCUGCAGAGACACCGGCUUGUAAAUCAGCUUCUGAAACAAAGGUGAUAUCUCAUGCCGUCCGGCAGCCUGUUUUUCUCCGUAGUAUGUCGGCUCCUUCUGACCUAGAAAUGAUUGGUAAUGAAGAUUUGGAAUUUACUAGAGCAAAUCAGAGGCGUCGACAUGUGACCAGCCACCGCAGCAGCUCCUUUACACUCCUGCAAUCGUUGGCCAUUGAGGACAGCAGGGACAAGCCCACCUAUAGCGUCCUGCUGGGGCAGCUGUUUGCUUUCAUUGGCACCAAUCCCGACCAAGCUGUGUCCAGCAGCAGCUUCCUUCUUGCUGCACAGACGAGGUGGCGGAGGGGAAACACACGCAAGCAGGCCCUGGUGCACAUGCGAGAGCUGCUCACGGCUGCCGUGCGCGUUGGGGGAGUGACACAUCUUGUGGGGCCAGUGACCAUGGUCCUCCAGGGAGGACCCAGGAUUGAAGAGCUCACCUGUGGUGGGAUGGUCGAGCAGGUUCAGGAAGCCUUUGGCGAAACCAUGACUUCGGUCGUGUCGCUGUGUGCCCGUUACCCUAUCGCUUGUGCAAAUAGCAUUGGACUCUUGUGUACUAUACCUUACACCAGGAGUGAAGAGAAGUGCCUGGUGCGCAGUGGCCUUGUCCAGCUCAUGGAUCGACUGUGCAGCUUGAGCAGUCAGACCGAGUCCAGCUCCAGUGAGAAACAAACCAAGAAGCAGAAAGUGGCCACCAUGGCCUGGGCUGCCUUCCAGGUGCUGGCCAACCGCUGUGUCGAGUGGGAAAAAGAGGAAGGUGGCUCCACAGAGGCUGUGCACUCGGGGCUGGCUCGGCAGGUGUCCAGCCUUCUCACGAAUCAUCUUGCCCGAGCCACUGAGUGCUGUGGCAACCAGGCUGCAGGAAAUGAUGCUCUGCAGGAUGUCCUGAGUCUGCUCAACGACCUCUCGAGGAGCCACAUAGGGAAAGCCAUCCUGAGCCAGCCAGCUUGUGUGUCCAAGCUCCUCUCCCUGCUGCUUGACCAGCGCCCAUCUCCAAAAUUGGUCCUUAUCAUUCUUCAACUGUGCCGGGCGGCACUGCCACUGAUGAGCGUAGAGGACUGUGGAAAUGUGGAACUCCCGCCAUGGAGCUACUCUGUCCCCUCCCUAAAUAGUGAGCAGGAGGAUCCCAGUGACCCAGCUUCCAAGAUCGCCUCCUUGCUCUUAGCAAAGCUGGCAGAUUAUGUGGUCCCAGGAUGCCAGACAGUUCUUUCUCCAACUGCUUCUGAACCGGAUACCACAUUAACAAAAACCAGUCCCAAGAAUUCUUUAAAAGGAGAUAAAGAUCCUGGAGAAGAGAGUGAAGCAGUGGACGGCAAGCUCUCCAUAUUUAUCCACAAACGGGAAGACCAGUCCUCCCACGAAGUUCUUCAACCAUUACUAAGUAGCUCAGAAGGGCGGCCCUUCCGACUUGGUACUGGUGCCAACAUGGAGAAAGUUGUGAAGAUGGAUAGAGACAUGACCAAGGGUGGCUGUUGCGAAGUGAUCACAGAAGAGGCUGCAGCCGCCCUUCGGAAAGCCACCAAGUGGGCACAGUCAGGCCUCAUCGUCAGCAUUGGGCCACCAGUAGAGUCUGUCAAUCCAGAGACUGUGAGUGGACUGUCCACAGGUGACAAAAAGAAAACUGCCCAAACCUCCAUCUGCAGAGAGAGGAACUCAGAACUCGCCAGGACUGACCCUGUCCGACCCUUCAUCAGUGGGCAUGUGGCAAACAGCAUGGCUGCAGAAGUGAUCGCUUUGCUUCAUAGCUUGCUAAUGGCACCUGAAUCUAAUGCGGCUCAAAUAUGGACCACAACAGCAGAAAAGGUUCUGUCUCGUGCAUUGAUGUACAUUCCACAACUGGGGAAACAUGCAGAAAGCAUUCUGGAAAAUGGCAGCAGCAGUGGCAGAAAACUUGCCAAACUUCAGAGAAUUGCUCGCCAGGCUGUCGCUGCACUGUGUGCACUUGGAGGCUUCAAAGAGACAAUCAAGAUAGGAUCUGAGGUUCAGGUUUUAGGUAGAGGAAUAUCAGGAAGCAUUGGAGUAGUGGCUUCUAUCAAUGAACAGGAAGGUAUCGCUACAGUCAGAUUUCCACCCAUAGACUGUCGAAAGACUUCUCAAGCGUCAGACACAUUGACUAUUCCAUUGUCUAGACUUUGUGUUCCAAGGUCAGAGGCACUACCCCUCCACAAACUAUCCAUUACUGAGAAAGUAGUGCAGGCAGUUCAGUCCAUGCUGCUUCCACAGGAAGGCAGUCUCUCAAUUCACACCUCGCUUCCUGCAACAGGAGAUGGCUCUGCACCUGUGAUGGCAGUCGUCCGGCUCCUGGCUGAAAUAAGAACGAGAGCAUGCCUGGUCAUGGCCCAGCUUUUAGAAGACAGCUUAUUUUGUGAAGAAUUCAUACAGCAGUGUCCAGCAGCUGUUGAAGUUCUUAACCUGGUAGCCCAGGAAUGCAGUGCUGGAGAGCGACUUGCUGUUGUGGAGGUGCAGUGUGAGCGGCUGAGGAUGCUCUAUCGGGACUGCGCCCGGCCCCCGCCCCCUCCCCUGCAGGCUGACCGGAGACAGCCCAAAGAGAUAACUUGGAGCCCCUCCCGAGUGUUUCCUCCAGUGCGGGCCUGCAUGUUCUCAUCUCACCUGACCUCGGUCACAUUCCUGGCUGACCCCAGCGCUGGGGGAGGUCUGCCCCGGGGCACCUUUAUCUACGCCACCUCACCUCUGCCAGUUCAGGCCCCAUCUUUUUACUGGGAAAUUGAAAUUGUUUCCUAUGGAGAUACUGAUGACGACACUGGACCAAUAGUUUCCUUUGGCUUUGCUACAGAAGCCGAGAAACGAGAUGGAGCUUGGACCAACCCAGUGGGCACUUGCCUUUUCCACAACAAUGGCCGAGCCGUGCACUACAACGGCUCCAGUCUGCUCCAGUGGAAGAGCGUUCGCUUAGACGUGACUCUCUCUCCUGGUGACGUGGCAGGAAUUGGCUGGGAGAGAACCGAGGGUACUCCACCUCCACCGGGGCAGCCAGCCAAGGGCCGGGUGUACUUCACAUAUUGCGGGCAACGCCUUUCACCAUACCUUGAGGAUGUCUCUGGUGGGAUGUGGCCUGUGGUUCACAUUCAGAAAAAGAACACCAAAACUCGAGCCAACUUUGGCUCCCGCCCGUUUGCCUAUGCCGAGGGGCAGGCCCAUCGUAACGCAGCUGACCUAUGCACUGACCUGGCAGAGGAGAUUAGCGCAAACUUCGAGGCCCUGCCCUUUGCCAUGGCAUCUGACAGUGACAACGAUGCCGGCACCAGUAUUGCGUCAGACCCAGGCACUCAUGGGCCACCGUGCCGGAUUGCAGCCGUGGCCACCGCUCAGCAACAAUACGAUAGUGACACCUCCUGUCAUUAUAAAGUUGAGCUCAGCUAUGAGAAUUUCAUCACCUCUGGCCCAGACCCUCACCCGCCUCCCAUUGCAGACGAUGAGAGUGAUGACGAUGACGAUGAUGACAUUCCACAGGAGGACCACUAUGCCCUGCUGGUGAAAGCUUGGGAGACCAAGGUUUUUCCCACCAUCCGAAGACGCUUCCGGAAUGAAGCAGAGAGGAAAUCCGGCCUGGACCAGAUCAAGGGUGCUUUACAACUAGGCAUGGUGGAUAUUGCCCGACAGACGGUGGAAUUUCUAUAUGAGGAGAAUGGCGGCAUCCCAAGAGACCUGUAUCUUCCCACCAUUGAGGAUAUUAAAGAUGAAGCAAACAAGUUCACAAUUGACAAAGUUCGAAAAGGUCUCACAGUUGUAACUCGCUCUCCAGACAGUAAUAAUGUAGCCAGCAGUACCGUUGGAACUGCUUUGCCAAAAUUUGCCAUCCGUGGGAUGCUGAAAACCUUUGGACUUCAUGGAGUCGUCUUAGAUGUCGAUUCAGUGAACGAGCUGGUACAGGUGGAAACAUAUCUCCGGAGUGAAGGGGUGCUGGUGCGGUAUUGGUACCCCAUUGACAUGUUGGAGAGGCCCCCUGCAGGCUACCGAAGGACUGCCACCAAUGGGCUGGUCACACUGGACAACACCAACCUUCAAAUUCACAGGGAGCUGCUGCGGUGUGAGGCUGCGUUGGCCAGGCUCUACUGCCGCAUGGCCCUACUCAACAUCUUCGCCCCCAAGUUCCCUCACUUGUUUACCCGYCUCUUCCACAUCCCUGCCAUCCGAGACAUCACUCUGGAGCACCUGCAGCUGCUGUCCAAUCAGCUCCUCGCCCCGCCCCUCCCAGAUGGCACCAUCAGCUCCAGCUCCAUCCUCCUGGCGCAGUCCCUGCAGCACUGCAUACACUCCCAGAACUGUUCCGCCACGGACCUCUUUUACCAGGGCAGCUCCCAGACAGUGAGAGAGUGGCUGAGUGUGGCCAUCACCCGCACCCUGCACCAGGGCGAGGAGAGCCUUCUGGAGCUCACGAGGCAGAUCUGCUCCUUCCUGCAGACAGCACCAGAGCAGUUYCCCUCCGAAGAAUUCCCGAUAUCCGAGUCCAAAGUCAAUAUGGAUGUUAAUUUUCCCGGGGCGGCUUUUGUUGUGGUGUCUUGUAAAGAAAGUCAAUCUGGAUUCCGCAAAGACUCCUCUCUGUACAAGGCACCCUGGGCACGCGUCCUCGUGUACGGGCUUGGCCACAAAGUGAAGCGAACCGGCCAGCUGAACCUCAUCGAGGCUGCCUGUUACCCGCGGGAUGCGUCCCCGGCCAACACUGGGCUUGCACCUCCGCCCACGGCUGACCAGUACCCUUCUGUGGUGCUCUCCACAGACAGGGUGCACAUCAAGCUAGGAGUGUCUCCCCCUCCUGGAGCCGUGCUGGUAUUGCAUUCUCUGCCCCUGGAGUUCCCGCUGGCUAUGGCCUUCGCAGAGCAGCUGCUGUCGUGGAAGUCGGAGGAUGGCGAAGGGAAGUCUGAAGAUGAGCCUGACACUAUUCCCACCUCAGUCCUCCUGCAGGUGGUGGAGCUGCUAGGAAAUUUCCUGUGGACCACAGACAUGGCAGCCUGCGUGAAGGAACUUGUCUUCCACCUCCUGGCAGAGCUCCUGCGCACGGUGCACGCACUAGAGCAGAGGAAGCACCCCGCCGGCCUGUCCUCCUCCAUUGCCCUGCAGCUCAACCCCUGUCUGGCCAUGCUGAUGGCCCUGCAGUCAGAGCUGCACAAGCUGUAUGACGAGGAGACCCAGAGCUGGGUCUCAGGCAGCACCUGUGGGGGCUCUGGGGCAGUGGCAGCYGGUGACCAGGGCAGGUUCUCCACGUACUUUCAUGCACUCAUGGAAGGGUGCCUGGCAGUUGCCGAAGUGACUCUGCCUACCAACAUGAGUGUCACAGCCAGUGGAGUGACCUCAGCAACCACCCCAAACCUCAGUGACUCGUCGUCCUCCUCCUCUUCUUCUCCAGGACAGACACCGCAGAGUCCCAGCCUCCUCUCCAAGAGGAAGAAAGUCAAGAUGAAGCGGGAAAAGGCCUCCUCCUCUGGGAAGCGGCAGUCCUCCCGCACAGUGGAGUCCGACUCCACCGUGCUCAGCAUCGGGGGCAGCAAGCCUGAGGACAUGCUCUGGUUCCACCGCGCACUCACCUUGCUCAUCAUUCUGCGGCACCUCACCAGGAAGGACCCCCAGGGCCUGGGUGUGACCAGCGAUGCYGUUGCAGAUGCCUGCCAGGCCCUAGUGGGCCCCACUGCCCAUAGCCGCCUGCUGGUGAUCUCUGGCAUCCCUACCCACCUGGACGAGGGCAUUGUCAGAGGUGCUAUCCGCAAGGCCUGCAAUGCCCACGGCGGGGUCUUCAAAGAUGAGAUCUACAUUCCACUGCAGGAAGAAGACCCCAAGAAGCCCAAAGACAAGGCCGAAGGUGGCGAUGGGAAGGCCGAGCCGGAGAAGACGCUGGGCUUCCCCAGUGCAGACAGCCUGGAGGGGAGCACGUCCAGCAGCCUGGCCCCGGCCAUGAGCAUCAGUGCCUCUGCCUCCACCAGCCAAGCCUCUGUCUGCAGCUCCCAGGGGGUCUCUCAGACCGUCAGCGACCUCUCGGUGGACCCACUGCCAUCCGGCCUGGAGUUGCCCAUUCCUCCUGGCCUGCUGGAGCCCCACGUGGUGUCCAGCCAGGAGAGCCUGGACAUUUCCCUCUGCAGCACUGGCAGCCUGGGCAGUCUGGGCAGCCUGGGGGAGGCUCUAGACAAUGCGGAGACAGCCUCGGUGUCGGACAUGGGCUCCAUGUACACAGUCACUUCCCUGGACAACCAGUCCCUUGCGGCACGCCCCAUCAAAGGCUUUGCCGUCGUGGAGAUAAGAUCCCGAGCCAAGAUUGAGAAAAUUCGAGCAAGUUUAUUUAACAAUAAUGAUUUGAUUGGCUUGUCAAGUUUGGAUGGUGAAGAUGAAUUGAUGGAAAUGUCCACAGAAGAGAUUCUGACUGUAUCUGUAGUGAACCAGAGUUUGUUUGAUACUCAAGGGAGCCCGGGGUUAGAAGAUUAUUUUAAUGAUAAGUCAAUUAAAGGUGAGAAGCUGGUGCCUGGGGCCAGAGAGGUCCUGACAGAGAUAUUUAAGAGCUGUGCCCACUCAGAGCAGACGCUAAGCCUGACACCAGCAAAGCCCAUCAGGGUCUCUGACAUAUAUCUCAGCAAGGAGCAGAUCAACUCCCAGACUCCAGGCAACCUCCUCCACAUCUUCUUCACCAAUGUCCGGCCUCCCAAGAAGGUGCUAGAAGACCAGCUCACCCAGAUCCUGAGGAAAUACGGCGUGCCGAAGCCCAAGUUUGACAAGAGCAAGUACAGCAAAGCUGGGAAGGAGCAGCACCCCGUGAAGGUGGUGAGCACCAAGCGGCCCAUCACCAAGCCGCCUGCCAAGGACAAAGCCGUGCUCAACAGUGUCAGCAGGACUGCCUUAAGUGAGAAGAAACCAACUGUGAAGCCCAAGUCACCAGAAAAGAGCAAACCAGACGAAAAGGAUCCAGAAAAGUCGCCCACAAAAAAACAAGAAGUCCCCGAGGAGAAGUACCUGACCUUAGAAGGGUUUCACAAGUUUGUCAUCGACCGAGCCAAGCAGGACAUCCGCAGCGUCUGGAGGGCAAUUCUGUCUUGUGGCUACGAUCUUCAUUUUGAGAGGUGUGCCUGCAUYGAUGUCCGACAUGCGCAGAAGGCCUCAAGGAAGUGGACCCUGGAGAUGGACGUGGCUCUCGUGCAGUACAUCAAUCGGCUGUGCCGCCACCUUGCCAUCACACCUGCAAGGCUCCACCCCCACGAGGUUUACCUGGACCCUGYCGAUGCCACUGACCCCAGGGUGGCCUGUCUCUUGAAUGUGCCCAUUGAGAGCCUGCGCCUGCGCUUCGCCUUGCUGCAGUCCCUCAACACCACGCUGGAGACCUUCUUCCUGCCCCUGGUGGAGCUGCGCCAGACACCCAUGUACACCCACAGCAUCGCGGCCCUUCUGAAGGAGGCCAAAGGGCUGAUCUUCUAUGACACAAAGGUGACCGUGAUGAACCGAGUGCUGAAUGCCACUGUGCAGAGGACAGCUGACCACGCGGCACCCGAGAUCACCUUGGACCCAUUGGAAAUUGUGGGAGGGGAAAUCAGAGCUUCUGAAAACUCCUACUUCUGCCAGGCUGCCAGGCAACUGGCCUCUGUGCCAUCCUCUCAGCUCUGCGUCAAGCUGGCGAGUGGCGGCGACCCCACCUACGCCUUCAACAUCCGCUUCACCGGGGAGGAGGUCCACGGCACCAGUGGCUCCUUCCGCCACUUCCUGUGGCAGGUGUGCAAGGAGCUGCAGAGCUCUUCGCUGUCGCUCCUGCUGCUGUGCCCCAGCUCUGCUGUCAACAAGAACAAGGGCAAGUACAUCCUGACRCCCAGCCCCAUCACCUACGGGGAGGAGCAGCUGCUGCACUUCCUAGGCCAGUUGCUGGGGAUCGCCAUCCGGGCAGAUGUCCCCCUUCCCCUGGACCUCCUGCCCUCCUUCUGGAAGACUCUGGUGGGGGAGCCCCUGGACCCUGACCAGGACCUGCAGGAAGCAGACAUCCUUACCUAUAAUUACGUCAAGAAGUUUGAGAGCAUCAAUGACGAGAGCGAGCUGGAAGCCCUGUGCGCCGAGAUUGCCUCCCAGCACCUGGCCACCGAGAGUCCUGACGGCCCCAGCAAGCCCUGCUGCAGGUUCACCUACCUGACCAUGACGGGCGAGGAGGUGGAGCUGUGCAGCCGCGGCCGGCACAUCCCUGUGGCGUGGGAGAACAAGGACAUCUACGCUGCAGCCAUCCGCAGCCUGCGCUUGCGGGAGCUGCAGAACGUGGAAUGCGUGACAGCCGUGCGCGCGGGCCUGGGCUCCAUCAUCCCCCUGCAGCUGCUCACCACCCUCAGCCCCCUGGAGAUGGAGCUGCGCACCUGUGGCCUCCCCUACAUCAACCUCGAGUUCCUGAAGGCCCAUACCAUGUACCAGGUGGGGCUAAUGGAAACAGACCAACACAUCGAGUUCUUCUGGGGGGCCCUGGAGACGUUCACCCAGGAGGAGCUGUGCAGGUUCAUCAAGUUCGCCUGCAACCAGGAGCGCAUCCCCUUCACCUGCCCCUGUAAAGAUGGGGGCCCCGACACAGCCCACGUACCCCCCUACCCCAUGAAGAUCGCCCCCCCGGAUGGCACAGCAGGUUCCCCAGACUCCCGCUACAUCCGGGUGGAGACCUGCAUGUUCAUGAUCAAGCUCCCCCAGUACUCCUCUUUGGAAAUCAUGCUGGAGAAACUGCGCUGUGCCAUUCACUACAGGGAAGACCCCCUAAGUGGCUGAAGCGAGCAAGCCCAAGAAUUAGGCUGUCACCAGGGCACUCACUGUGCCAGCCUGGGAAGCCUGCGACUGACUGCAGGCGCAUCCCUCCAGGGCCCAGCGKGAGGAGUUGGCAACAUUUUGCUUUUCUGAACUUUCGUCCACGUUCUGGGGCCUCCUGGAAGACUUAACCUUUUGUCUUUGUACGUUUUGUGAUGGGUUUGGUUCUUUUGCUGCCUGUUUGUGGUAUAUUUGUAGGAUAGUCUAGUUCCCACACAGUUGGUGUCUAAUUUGAUCUUCCUGGAAGUUGUGUCUCAUGAUUCCCAGAUUCUGAUGCCAUAUGGCUCCUGCUGGUUCCUUUUCACAGGACAUUGCAGCAGGAGGCUGGGCGUGACAUAACUUCAGCCACACAAAGUGUCCUGUUUUUUCUGCAGUGUCUCCACAAACACCUGUGGCCAGCCCUGCCCACUGGCCUCAAGCAGGCAUCUCUGAGGCAGCGCCUCCAGGCCUCCUUCCAUCUUAAAGUGGUUGGGCCAGUGCCCAAACAUGCAGGGGACACACAGGGAGCUUUUUGUGUUAAUCUUCCUGCUUUAGAAUCUGUUCCUGGGAAUAAGCCCGUGGUGGUUCCCCAUCUCCCACCAAGACAACCCCAUCUGCUACCUGUCUCUUCUGGGCCUCUGGCCUAACAGUUUCCCCUGGACUGCUCAGGAGCAGAGGACACAAGGACAUUCCUGGCCUUAGCUCAGAAACAGUCGGGAUGUGUCCCAGCUGUGGGAGUUGAGGCAUACUCAGAGCUGGAGGGACAGUGAUCGAAUGGGGCCUUUUCUGAAACCGCAGGAGUGAGAAGCACACGCUUCAGGCCUGGCCCUUCUGUGCUCAGAAAUGGCCCUUCCUCCCAGCACGUGAGGGUGCAGUGGAGGGGCUGCUGUGCCCAUUUUUAAGACUGUCUGAGGUGCUCUGCUCAAUUCAGGGUCUGCUUCAGAACUCAGACCUUCAAGUCCAGAUGGAGGCUCCAGGGGGUCCCUCUACCCCUCUGGUUGGCCUACCCAACACUCCUAACCCCGAGUGUGUGUGUGUGUGGUGGGGCUGAGCUGCCUCCAUGCUCAAUCGCUGCCCCAGUGCAUUUGUGCCCCAAGUAAGUCUUUGUCCAAUGGUACUUUGUUCCAGAGCAGCACAUGCCAUCUUGCUGGACGCUGUCAUUUUGGGCCUUGCCAGUUCUUACAGAACUACAGCAUUGUAUUUAUUGUAUGAUAUUGUGCAUACAGGAAGCCAUGUGCCAGUGCUGUCUGGAAGCUUCAGUGUGAGGA